CUGUUGUAAAGCUGUCAGUUUAUGUGUACAACAGGAAUGUUCAAUGUGUUGUGGUGUAUUAUUCAGAAUGAGAGAUCUGUGAGUGUUGCCCGAGUUCACCAGAUUUAUCAGAGAGCAUGCAAAGACUGGCAUGUGUGUACUUAUGCUCUAUCAUGCCACAUCAUGUGCCAAAGUAUUUGCCACAAUCUAUACCCCUUCAGCAUUCUGAGGAUAUGUUAUUUCAAGUUGACUCUCCUCAACACUCUUCCAAAGGAAUGAUCAGUGACAGCAUGGAGCAACGUUUUAAGUGGUCACUGGUUGAGGAUCAGAAAAUUGGAUCAAGGCUUUUGUUGAAAUUUCUUAUCUGUGUUCAUCUACUUCAUCUAUAUAUCUUAGAUGUUUACUUUACAGUAACACUCUUAGUGACGGCUAAUGCAUCAGUGUAAAAUACGAACCUUUAAAGUGCAUUCAAAGUUAGAUGUUUAUAUUGAACGUUAUCAGGGACUGUAUGUAAUUUGGCAGCCAUGACUUCAGACUACUUGCUUUUAUACACAGUAUCCAUUGUAUCAUUGUUGGCACCAGUCAUGACAGUAUAGCAAUAUGCCUUUCAGACUUGUCUCCACCUGGUUGAAAUCCUUGUGCCGAAAUGCACGUUGGAGAAAGCAGAGAAAUCUUCAGAUGUUACAGAUGAAGGUGUGGAGAAAGAAAAUCAGGGCAGGAGAGAACAGCUGGGUGACCAGCUUAGGGGCUGUUGGGCAAAUUGCCUGAUAGGUACAGUAAUGGGAUGUCAUAUUUAAAAAUCCAGAGAAAGAGAAAGAAUGAAUCCUAUCUUCCCAAGCAAGGUGUGUGUAUGUAUGCAUGUGUGUGUUGGGAAACCUGUUGCAGCAGGUCUCUCUCUGCCAUGGUUGUGUGGCUCCUGUAGGUUGGCUCUGAGCCAGAGGGAGCGAUAUCUUUUAACACUGUUUCAGCUGAAACUUCAUUUAGCACAGUGAGUUCGAUCAUUUAGCACAGUGAGCUAGAGUAGAGAGUUAAAGAACAAGAGGGAAAGACAGACAGGUCAAGAGCCCUUCCUAAGCAGCUUUAAGGGGGCGUUCAUGUUUGUGGGUGUGCUUGUGAAUGAUAUGCUUAUUAUGGGCUGAAGCGUGCGAAAGUCUGAAUGGAACAAGAUCUGAGGAGGGCAUUUGCUAGAUAUACUGUAAGGCUCUUACUGUAAGUGAACAGAGACAGCGUUUCCAGCAACUCACCUGUGGACACGUGUCUUACUUGUUCUGUGAUCAGGGUUCAUCUUAUUGGGGACAGAUGUCUACAAAUCCAGGAUCUUUCUCAUCUGCAGUCAGCAGCAGCCUACCCAAAAGCAUUCAGGAUGCACUGCUGGAAUCACCCAGUCUGCAAAUGCCACGGUCACAGUGUCUGAAAUCCAGCAGCACUCAGGGCUCUGUCACCAGCUCUCAGAGAGACAGCGUCCUCUACAGGCUGAAGAGUGGGGCUGCAGAGCACUUCAGAAGACACAGUGUGGAUGGGAGUUGUAUGGACCUGGAGUCCGACUCAAGCAAGGACCAGCGCUUUCACCCUUAUGGGAGGCAGUACAGUGAUGGAGAAGUCAUUGGAUCUUCGCUGUAUUGCUGCCUCAGGGAGAGUAAACUAUCAGAAUCCCUUACUCCAGCUAACACUGACAUCACAGACCUACAAGAGCAGAAUUGCUGGACUUCACUCAGCACCACUUUACAGUCCUCUAUGUUUAUGGGAGCUGAAGAGAGCACGGAUCAAAUGCAAAACAGGCCUGAGGAUCCACCUAAUUAUUCCUCGUCUACCCACAGUGCAUACAGCACCCUCAGUCCCCUGCACCAACAGUUUCCAGGCGAAUAUUCAUCGGGAGGACUAGACGUCAGCCCACGCUAUUCUUACCAAAGCCUCUCUCCACAAACCAGUCGAGAUGGUUCAGUCCAGCCGCAAUACCCCAAACCCAUCUACUCCUAUAGCAUUCUUAUUUUCAUGGCGCUGAGGAAUAGCAGGACUGGCAGCCUGCCUGUGAGUGAGAUCUACAGUUUCAUGACAGAGCACUUCCCCUACUUCAAGACAGCACCCGAUGGCUGGAAGAACUCAAUCCGUCACAACCUCUCCUUGAACAAGUGCUUCGAGAAAGUUGAGAACAAGAAGGGGAACUCGUCACGGAAGGGCUGCCUGUGGGCUCUCAACCCAGCCAAAGUGGAGAAGAUGCAAGAAGAAUUGCAGAAGUGGAGGAGGAAGGAUCCUGUGACAGUGCGAAGGAGCAUGGCCAGACCAGAGUUACUGGAUCAUCUUCUGGGUGAUAGACCAGAGAAGCCCAGGUCCCUGUCUGCCCACCUCAGCAACCACACACACUCUCAGUUUCCCAGAGUCAGCCUGCCUCCCCCAUACACACCCACUACUCACCAAAGAAGACCAUACUACAGUUAUUACACUUUACCAUCACAAACUGUCUCCCAGCAGCUCCCAUACCUGCCCUCUAGUCCCCCAAGCUUCUCAUUCUACCCCUCCAUUCCCCAGCAGCCCAGCACACAGUUGCCACCUAGGACUGGCAGCCUGGACUCACCCUUACCUGCACAAACACCGCCAAGCUACAGUGCUGCUCUACAGGCCAGCCACAGUGCUUUGGGAAGCAUGCAGGAGCUCCUCAUGGAGGGGGACCUGAGUAACGACGUAGACAUGCUCAAUCCAAGCCUAACGGACCUGCAACUCCAUGGUUAUCUCUGGGAGGAGCUCAGGAAUGACAGUUUGGCUUCAGACCCACUGACGCUUAUGGACAUGUCCACCAUGUCUGACCAGCUCAGCCCUGAUCAUGUCGGGGAUUAUGGGAAGGGCUGUGUCUCAGGUAGUGGAGAGGUAAACACAGCUGGAUCAGAAACAGCACUGCAGGCGAGUGUUUCUGAUCUCUACGUCACUGGACUCUGUUCAAGCAACUUCACCAGUGCAGACAACAUGUCAGGUCUCCAUCCCACCAUGACAAACACUCCAAUUGCCCUGCUUUGAAGCGCUGUUUUCAUUACAAAAGCCUGUUCUACACUAAACUUCAUAAUCAGUCAGUAUCAGUGAAAUUGUAUGCUGAAACACUGUUGGACUGAAAAUCUUGACUAUAGUUUUAUGAUUUUUUAAAUUUUUUAUGUUUAGGGUAUAACCAUUUAGAAUACCAGUUAAGUAUGGCAAUGCAUUAUCUAAAUGCUGUGUGGAAAAGCUUUUUCAGGGUGUCACUCAUUAUCAUUAGGUGUAGUUGACACAAGCAAAAGAUAAUCUUAGCACUGUAGAUCAAGAUGCAUUACUGCAAAAAAACAUUUUGCACCAUCCUAGUUGGCUGUGAUGGCUUUUAUUACUUGUCCGACAGCUGAAAUUUCUGCCUUACCUUUAAACCAAUCUACAUAGUUUAACCCUCAAAUAAGCCAUUCAUCUAAACUUCUAUUUACAUCUCAAUUUUCAGUCACUACAAUUUUCAGUUCUUUGGUAGAUUGACAACAAGAUAUCAGUGCUGAUAUUAAAUCCAGGUAACAUUUUAUCUCUUGGAUUUGGAGUUUAUUCCAGUACCAGUUUAUAGCACUGGGUGGCAGUAAAGAGCUCCUCUAAUAUGCCAACGCUGCCAAAUCAUUUGCAGGGGUAGAGAUGCUCCAACAGUGUGCAUGUCAGCAACAGCAGACUGAUCUUUGGGUUCUCGUAUAUUUUACGAGAAUAGAUGCCUUUGGGAUAAUUCAUACGGAAAUGAUUCAGUGGUUUUAAUAGGACAUUAUUGUCUAUUGUGCCAGAGCUGUUAACCAGAGCACUAGGCAUAUUUAUUUUAUACUA